GGUUAGCACAAUGUUUUAUUCAGCGACAUUUUAAUUCCUGACUUUGCUGAUACAAAAAGACCGUGUUCAUGUCCUGAAAGUGGAGAUGCAUUGCUUUUCAUUACUGUCUGAAAUGUGCACUUCAUUCUAAUGAAAGCAGAAACGACCCCAGCGGUGAGAAUGAUGGAGUGGAAACACAUUUUCAAGGAAAACCGCUUUAUUCUGCCUCCUCAUCAAACAUCCCGUUUAGCACAAGGACCGAGUCAGCCUUUUCAACUUGUGUUCAAACGACUGGAUGGAUUUCACAUCGAUCAGGCUGAAGAAAACAGGUCAGGCAGGUAUGAACUCCGGGUCUCUCUCUUCGACAACAGUCUGCAUCGUUUCUUUGGAAGGACAUGGAGGAGCAAACUACGUCAGGCCACUACGAGUAACCAGACACAACUCAAAGUGAAUUUCAAUGAGGUCAUAUACUUCCACACAUCCCUGUGUUUACUUUCAGUAGUGGCUGUAGUGGAACUGGUCUUUCUCUCUCCUGGGAAUAACACCUCCCAAAAUGCAGUUGGGCUGGGAUUCGGCAUCCUGCAGCUCUUCUCUGGAUCACCUGAAGCGGAGGGCAGGUUAAUUCUGUACCAUGGUACCCCUCGAGCUCUACUGCACCCAACUCUUAAGGACCCUCUGCAGUUUAACUCGGCACUGUCAGUGAUAGAAGGAACUCAGCUACUGUAUUCACUCCAGCCCUACCCUGUCCUCAGUACCAUCAUGCACCUGCUCCCACCCAACAUCCUGGUCUCUGGCCAUGAUCUCAUUCCUGGAGUUUUACCAACCACAGACAACACAGUUGAUGCCCUGAGGAAGCCUCAGCUCUUGCCUGUAUUGAAGUGUGUGCUGGAGAAAGUGUGUGUGUGCCUCGGUCCUUCAUUACAAGUGUUUGAGACAGAUUUGCUACAGAAGCUCAACAGUGACCGCCACAACACGAAUCUGGGUGUGGAGGUGCGGUCUGUGGUGGUACAGGAGCGGAGGCUGCACAUUGGUGUUCAUAAUGGCUUGGGCUGGGUGGACGGGCCUGCAGUGAUGGUGCUCGAGCCAAAAGCAGGUGGAGGGGGUGCUGUCAAACAGAGUUCUACAGAGACCCACAACUCGGUCCUGAUGCUGAGGGGGAACGUAGAGCUGAAGAUGAUGAGGCACCCAGCAUUCAGUGUGAUUUUUCAGCUGGAGUACGCCUUCUCGCUUCCUCUCACCGGAGACAGCAAGAUGUCCUCUAUGACCUCUCAGCGGGCUGCGUUUAUGCAGUGUGUGCGCUGGGGUGUAUGGAGCCCUUUCGCAGAUCCGGAUGGACCAAGUGAGAGCGUGAGUCUCGGUCUGCAGGGUGGAGCCUUACCCAAUCCCUAUGGUGUCAUGGUUUACACAGCACACACCCAGCAGGCUGAUGCAGAGAAAAGUGUCAUUAAAUUCAAGUUUUCCGACACCGAGACAGUUACUUCCAGUAUGGCAACGAAAGCAAUCGCUAAGGAAACUCUUCAGCCUAAGAAGUUGCAUUUUACAUCCCAAGAUGAGAGCAAGCUGGAGCUUGAUGGUUCACCACAACACACCUCCCGCGGCCCCAGUCUCUCGCUCUCUCAGCUGGCUGUGACUUCGCCUUACCCGAGCGUGAGCCGCACAACAGGGUCACCAUGGCAACAGCAGCUUCCCGCUCCGCUCGCUUCAUCCCCGAUGGCGUCAGCCCACCAGCUGUCACGCGCCGAGCGUCUGACUUUGGGCAGUAUAGCGCACCUCGAGGUCAGUGCAGUGGAAAGAGAGCGAACAAACAACGGAACAGAUGAAGAGAGUGAACUCCGGGAGCUGACUUUUACCCCUGUACAUGCCCCCGUCAUCACCCUGGGAACACACACAUCCGGCUCCAGCAGGACGAGUUCUCGUGGAUCCCUCGCUCAUCUGUUUUCCACUCGUUUUCCUCAAAUUCGUGAUGAGUUUAACCAGGCGGCGGAGCUCCUUGAACCCGAUGAGCCUGUAAACUUUGACCCACAGAAAGAAGAGGCUGAUCCAUCGCAGACUAACACAAUCGUGCUUCAGUUUCUGGCUUUUACCAGGGUCCCUCAGCCAGGCGUGAAUGUCGACUCUCCGAGCUCUGUCCAUUUUACCUUUCAGCUGUACCGCUUCCCUCCUGUAACAACCCAGCACCUUAAACUGAUUGAUCCUGAAGCCGGUGUGAGAUCUGAUUACCCCUGUAUUCUUUACACCAUCAACAGAGACGGUACUGGCAGCUCAGCUUCUCCUGGACUACAGCUGCAGUACCAUGCUGAUCCUGCUUUCCUGAAAGCUGGAGAGCGCACAUGGUUCCUGCGCUAUCUGGCACAGCACUCUCUGCACAUAGACGUAUGGGACAGUGACUCUCUACUGCUCAUCGGCUCCACUGCAGUCCAGCUGAAGCAUCUGUUGCGUCAGGGUCGAUCUGCAGUCCAGGUGCUUCAUGAGCUGGAGGUCGUUACUACAGAGUACCUACAAGAUGCCAGCCUGGUUAGGGAGCAUGCAGAUGGGCACAGGGUGAUGCCACCCAUCAGUGUCUACACCACGGUCAAAGGCAAGCUGCACGUACGACUCGGCAACAUUGGUGGUGUGGUGCAGAAACCCAUGAACCCCUCCACGACUCUCCCUCCAUCUCGAUCUCACGUCGUCCAGCCCAGCCAAACGCCUGGAGGCUUUAAAGGAGGCAGUCUCUCUGCUAACGCUCUUCACAAUCUCAACGAAAUGUGUGUUGUAGCACGGAACGUGAAUCGGGCCCAGCGACUGCCAGAGAUUGACGGCGACCUGGCCAGCCUCCUGCAGAGUCGGAUGAGAGAAGUGGGCGCCGCUUUGCAGAUGGGACGAGCUGAAGCAGAGGAAGUGCGUCGGAGGAAGAUGGACAGGAUGGCAGCUGUUCGGCAGCGCGAAGAAAGCACCGUAUCCAACACACAAGAGAAAGCAAGCAUGAGGAGGAAGGAUCAUCAGGCUCAGCACUCUCAGGACCUGCUGCUGAUUGAGGCCUAUCGAGAGCGCUGCAAAGUGGAGGGCAUCAUUAACAUGCUGAGCCAAGCUAUUACCACCACACAUACAAUCUACGCUAUGCUUGGUACCGCUGAGUUCUUCGAGUUCGUGCUCAAGAACCCUUUCAGUGUUCCACAGACGGUCACCAUUGAGUGUGAAGACCCAGAGCUUAGUGUCAUACUUAAGGCUGAGGAAUGGAGGUAUUUUAAAGACUUGACGGAGACGAGAACCCCGCUGGAGGCAGAGAUGUUUCACGUGAAGGAGAACAGUUCGACUCCUCAGGUCUACCUGCGGCCCAAAGAGAGCGUCCACAUCCCACUCAAGUACCAGACCUUUCUCUCCGGCCAUGUCCUGGCUUCUGAGGACAAGAGUGGAGCAGAGAUGGCUAAAAUUCCACAUUUUGCUCAGAAACAGCAGUCCAACACAAUCCGUGCUAAGUCCAUCAAGGUGUUUUUCCGAGCGGAGGACGGUCAGCCUUUGGCCAUCUGCCAAGUAAGAGUGGAGCCGACUCCGCACGUUGUGGACCAGACCUUCCGCUUCUACCAGCCUGAACUCUCCUUCCUGAAGAAAGCCAUCCGGCUGCCUCCUGCUGAACACAGUGCACCAGAUGGUGAUGCCAGCCUCCAUGUGCGCUGCAGCGACCCCAGUGUGAUCUGCCAUGCCCCUGCUAUGAAUCCAGGAGAGCCCCAGGAUGUCUAUCUGAAAGCGCCUGGUGCCCCCAGUCCACAGAUCAAGAAAUUCUUCAUCAUGGUGUUCACUGACCCAUGGCUAGUCUCCCCGGCUCAGACGUGGCAGGUCUUCGUUCAUUACCUGCAAAGGAUUGAUAUUAGCUGUGCGUGCGGUACGCUCAGCUGGCACUCCCUGGUACUGCAUGGCACGCAGGCCAUACGCAAGGUCAAGAGCUACACCUCCCACCCUCUGGAACUGCAGGUGGACCCAGCAGAAGUGUUUGCACUGCCAGCUCAGGGUGUGCAGGACAUCAGAUUGGGAGUAAAGACCAUGUACUCAGGAAGCAGCUUCCGCUUCCUCAACGUAGUAGAUGUGGACACGAGACAACUAGUGGCCUCAUGGCUGCUGUGUAUCACCUGCAGACAGCCUGUUAUAUCACGGGCGUUUGAGAUCCGAGUACCUGUUGGAGGAGGGAGAGGCAACAGCAAGAAGAUCAGCUUCACCAAUCCCUACCCUUCCAGAAGACGAUUCAAACUGUUCUCGGACCAUCCUGACCUUUUGCAGUUCAAAGAGGAACACUUUCAGAUUGAUGGAGGUGCGAGCUACAGCAUCGGUCUCCGUUUUGCUCCCAGUCAAGGCGUUGGUGCUGAAGAGAUCCUUGUAUUCAUCAAUGACCAGGAGGACAAGAACGAGGAGACAUAUUGCAUCAAAGUUGUCUACACGUAGCACCAGCAAACAAUGAGAUGUGUCAUCUGCUGUACAAAUGUCUUUUUAAAUGUCAUCUUUUCUAACAAAUAAUUUAUUUUCCUUUGUAAAGGAUCACUUUAUACUGUAUCUUUUCACUUUAUGCUGUAUCUUUAAGACACAUGUAUAUGUUUAAUAUUUUACACAGCAAAGCAUCUGAAAUGUGAUAUGUUUUCAAAUAUUUUACAUAUGGAUGGUGCCUUCAUAAUAUUUACAGACAUAAAGAUGAACCAAUAAUCCAAACACUUUUUGACCAUAUUUAGAAGGUUUGUUAUUGGAGAUUGAAACCUAGAUCUGAUGUAGUCUGUUGGCCUCAUGUGUUUUUUACACUUUUCUGUUUUGUGUAGCCCUGCUAUCUCAGAGAUUUCUUACAUCGAUGACUUUAUACAGAGACUGAGCACAUCUCCAAAUCAGAGCUUCUACACAGAGUGUUUUUUACUAAAGAUCUGCAAUGAGUUGGCAGUUUUUCAGGUAUAUCUACCAUGUGUCUUCACAAAUUAGUCACUAGCCACACUCACUAAGAGCUGCUGUGCUUUUCACUUAUUAUCCAUACAUUAAUGAAGAAAAUGCCACCACUGGAACACCAUUGAUGUAAACUGUUAUAGUCGUGACUUUUCAGCAAGUGAUCAUAACCAAUAGCCGUUAUAAUAUGUAAUAUUAUGUGUUCCCAGUCCCUAAGAUAAGAAUUUAGGUAAUACUUUAAAUAGUUGCUAGACAUUUACCUCCAAAUACAAAGCUGACCCACCUGACAUGGUAUACCUGUUUGCCUACAUAUAUUUACAAUGUGCAAGCCAAUAAUAUUUAUGCAUACAUGGAGCUAUAUUAUGACUAGGACUUAUAUUGAGGGCUUUAAGGUUCAAGAUGAUGAAUUUGUAUUCUGCAGUGCUGGCUACAAUCAAACAUGGCUGUGUUUAAAUGGCUUAAUUGGCCUAUCAAUUAAAUUGGUUGACUGGUUGAUUGAGUAACCAAGGCUGACAUGGGUAUUGAAUAACAUCCUUGAAUAAAUACAAUUGUUUGACAAAUCUGU